AUGCAAGACACCAUUGGGAUUCCUGCUUGUUUUUCAUCGGGUGAAAAGCCGAGUGAUGAUCCGACAGCCGUCACUAGGUCCGGCGAGAGCGUUUUCAUAUCUGUUUUCCGAACGAAGAUUGCCGACCAGUGUCGUUUGGUCAUUGUCACUUGGUGCAAGAAUGAGUUACUCCAUGGUCUUUCGGUAUCAGUGGAAGGUCCCCAGGGAGAGAACCAGUAUGGGUGUAAAUUUGAGCUUAAACCAUGGUGGUUUUGGAGAAAACAAGGUUCCAAACGAUUUGUGAUCGACGGUAAUAAACCUGUUGACGUGUUUUGGCACCUCAAGGCUGUUAAAUUCAAUGGUCAAACCGAACCCAUUUCCGACUACUAUGUUGCAGUUGUUUGUAAUGAAGAAGUUGUUUUACUUGUUGGAGAUCUAAAGAAGGAAGCUUAUAGGAAAACUGGUUGCAGGCCUGCACUUAUUGAUCCCAUUUUGGUUUCAAGAAAAGAGCAUAUAUUUGGAAGAAAGAGAUUCUCAACAAGAGCUAAAUUUCAUGAAAAAGGUGGGUUUCAUGAGAUUUCAAUCGAGUGUAAGAACAGAAAUGUGGAUUCAUUGGAUGGGGUUAUUGUUGUUGAGCCUGAAAUGGAGAUGAGAAUUGAUGGGAAUUUGGCCCUUCAUGUCCAGCAUCUUCAAUGGAAAUUCAGAGGGAAUGAAUCCAUCAAUGUCAACAAAAGAAGAUUACAAGUUUACUGGGAUGUACAUGAUUGGCUUUUCAGUCCUGGUUUAAGGCAUGCCUUGUUUAUAUUCAAGCCUGUUCUGUCGUCAUCGUCGUCAUCCUCGCCAUUAUCGUCAUUGUCAUUAUCGUCACAAACAGGGAGCAGUGGUUCAUUAGAAGGGCUUAACAAUGGUGGCACACCAGAGUUUUGUUUGUUUCUUUAUGCCUGGAAGAUUGAAUGA